AUGAUCAGAAAACAUUGGCAAGUCGGACAAUGCUUCUUGGUUCUAACUCCCGCAUUUUUUCUCCUCCACCAAAGUAUCUCAAAGGCAAAAGCUAAAGAAGUAAUUACUGACAAUAUUAGACUUGAUGAAAAACAUGUAUGCCAUUAUAUAAGAGCGAACAUGCUUCGACAUAUGACACUGGUAUUUCUUCUUCUUGGUCAAGCGUCUUCGGUGGAUUAUAAAGGAGAGAAUAUCACUGCUGUGGAGUCCGUACGCAAACUUACCCCUGCUGAUAUGGAAGCCAAGCUGUUACCGCUCGGACCAUUUCUUACAGCUGCUGGCUUUUUUGGCCUCUUAGGUCUUGAAAAUAUGACGAAGGGUCAUAAUUUAUUUUGAAACCACACAAGCUUCUGCAAUCUUUCCUGACUUGUGGAUCUUUCAGUGCACUGUCGACUGAAAUGCUGAAAUAAAUUUUCUAACUUU